AUGGUUCAAGCCUGGCUAGCUGUAAUAGGCAUUGACGCAGCUGGAAUUGCCGAAGCUGUUAGCCACAAGGUACAGGUCUUCCAGCCGGGCGACGAAGUCUUCAGUCUAGCUGGCAUGGAGCCCCAUGCCGGCGCUUUCCAAGAAAUACCCACGGUCCCCGAGCACUUAGUAGCAAAGAAGCCGUCUAACCUGACAUUCAAAGAGGCUGUCUCACCCCGGCCCCAGAACAAUCUCCAUCACCGCCGCCGCGGCAAUAACAGUGGGCUUGCACCAACCACUGUCGCACCUCAAUCCAACCAAAAGCAAACAUGUGCUCAAGUCUAUCCUGGUACUGGGCGGGCCGCGACUCCCGAUAGUGCAGGGGUUUACUCUAUCUUGGAUCCUGUGGCGGCCGCGGCUAAUCAGCCAACAGUGUUCACGGCCUUUGACUCGAGCGGACCUCUUCUCUACUCGCAGGUUAUCACUGGUCAGGAGGUAACCGUUCCUGAGGGAGUUAGUGCCACUGUGCUUUUCGGUCGUCAGGUUUUGGGAACAGAGGGUGGACUCGGCGUCUUGCCCGGUCUGCCCAAUUUGAUAGAGAAUGGUCAGUUCAAACUUCCCAUCGACGUGAAAAUAGUGGGUGAGGGCUUUAGGGCGAUUCAGAGUGGCUUGGACAAACUGAUGAAAGGUGGUGUUAGUGGUACCAAGUAUGUAGUCCGGAUCUAG